AUGCCAUCCACGACGACGACAGUCCUGCUCGCAGCCCUCGCGGUGUACGUGGGGAUCUGCUCGGCGCUGCGCUUCCACUUUGAAAGGGCGAUGCGCAAGAAGUUCAACUACCCGGACCGAGAAUCGCUGUCACGCAUGACGAACGACGAUGCGCAAAGCAUCCUCGAGUACAUUGUGACUAGAGAGUUUCCAUACCUAUACAAGCUGGCGCUGCAGUUUGCCAUCUUCAAGGUACGCUGCCAGGCCGAGGGAGAGAACUGGCGAGAGGACUGGCAGUUCUCCCUCAACCCGCCGACCUCCCCGCGCUGCCUCAAGGCUAUCGCCCGCAUGAAUUACCUCCAUAGCACCUACAAGGCCGCUGGCCGCAUCUCCAACGCCGACUUCCUCUACACUCUAGCCGUCUGCAUCAUGGAGCCCAUCCGCUUCAUGCGUCUGUACGAGUGGCGCCCGCUCAACGACAUGGAGGCCUGCGCCAUCGGCACCUUUUGGAAGUCGAUCGGCGACGCCAUGCAGAUCGAGUACAAGGGGUAUCUGUCGCGCGCGGAGACCGGAUGGAGGGACGGAUUGGACUUUGCAGAGGAUAUCACGGCGUGGGCGAAGGGGUACGAGGUCGAGUGCAUGAAGCCGGCCGUGUCCAACACCAAGCCGGCGGAGCAGCUGGUCGAGCUGCUGCUGUUCCACUACCCGGCCGUCAUGAAGCCAUUCUUGCUCGAGGUCCUGACGGUGCUGAUGGGCGACCGCGUUCGAGAGGCGUUUCUGUGGGUUUGGUUCAUCAUGUGGACCUGGCGUUGGGAGUUGGCUGACGCAGUGAACAGGUACCCGGAGCCCGGAAUCGUGGCCGCGCUGGUUGCCUUCCUGGGACUCAACGCACGCCGUUUGGUCCUGCGUUUCCUUCUGCCACCUCGCUUCAAGAACUUCGAGUACUUCUCCGAGCCUGAUCCGACGACCGGCAGGAUCUACCACUGGGACUAUCUCGUGCACCCCUGGUACUACAAGCCGACGCUGUGGAGCCAAUGGGGUCCGAUGGGACUGAUGACGAGGCUGGUGGGAGGGACCCUGCCCGGCGCCCAUGGCGACAUGGCGAAGGGCUUCUUGACGGAAGAUAUCGGGCCUUGGAACAGGAUGGGUAGAGGGGCUCUGGAGAUGGGUGCGGAUGAAGAGAGGUUGAGAAAGGAAAGGGUUUCGGCCUGUCCAUUUGCAACACGUGUGUAA